UUAAAUAGUAAUCUAUAAAUUCCCUCUCCUAACUUUUUCUCCCUGCAACUUUCUUCUUCUUUCAAGUUUCCAAAGAACUACGUAUUUCUUAAUGCCGUAGUUUCUUUCUUCAAUUCACAAGGUAACUUCGUUUCUGCCUCUUCGAUCCGCACAAGCUAACUACAUUUAUCAUUUUCUUUCUCUGAAGCGCUGAGAAUCCGCUGCGAGUUGGAGACCAAGGGUAUAAUUUCAAAUUUCCCUUGUCUUUCGAAUCUCAGAGGUUAUCAUCUUAUCAUUCUUUCUCAGAAUUUUGAUCUCUCUUCUUUUUUCGUUCUCUAUUUAUUGCUCUAUAUCGACUUCUGAGUUUUGAAUCAGUUGCUGUUUAGAUAUUUGGGUUGUGAUCUGAUUACUCGCAUAUAAACCCUGUUUUGGCGAUAGACGAAUUGGUUUCCUGUAAGUGUUUGAUAUUGAAUGGAGAAUUAUGGUUCUUCACCUUCGUAUCCCUACCAGAACCAAUAUGCAUAUCCUUGUCCGACACCUCCAUAUCAAGGGUACCCACCUCCCCCUUCAGAUCCAUAUCCACCUUCUUCCCAUCAGUAUCCCUAUGGUUCUCCUCAUCAUUACCCAUACCCGCAACCUUCCUAUACACCUCCGCCACCGCAGCCUUCGUUGUCCCAUUCAGGUUCCUUUGACUAUCACCACCGUCCACCACCACCUUCUUCAGGUCCCUUAGACUAUCAAAGUCCUCCAUACCAAACAUCACAUUCUGGUCCUUUGGACUAUCACCACCAUCCACAACCACCUUCUUCUACAACCUACCAUUCUGGUCCCUUGGAUUAUCACUACCAUUCACAAAGUCAUUCAGGUCCCAUAGAUUAUCACCACCAUGCACCAAGUCAUUCAGGUUCUUUGGACUAUAACCAACAAUCUCUGACUCAUUCAGGCCCUCGUCCCUAUGCAUAUCCGUAUCCAGCUGCUUCAGUCCCUCAUGCUCCUCAGCCAGCUCUUCAGCACCAAGGUAGUUUCCAAUAUGGCUCAUCUAAUUAUCCUUAUCAACAAGCCGGCCAAUAUCCACCACCUGAAAGCAGUUCUCAAGUGCCUCCUCAAGCCAAUAGCUCGUCCAAUCAUCAUAUGCAGGACAGUAUGGGUUCUUCAGAAACAAAUCAUGACCGCCCUGGUGGUACUGCUUAUCCACCUAUUGAUGAACUUUUGAGCAAUGUGCACAUAUCUGAUAAUCAUCCAAGUGCCCCU